CUAAAUCCCACCCAAUUUGGGUCCGAAACACAUCAAAUUAGUCAGCAUGGAGGACGCGGUGCUGCUCCUGCUCAUGCUGUUCGUGCUGGUGAUGGCGUCCUACAUGCUGGGGCGCUACUCCUGUAUGAUCCUGUCCCAGAGCAGCUUCGCGCUCAUGUUCGGCCUCUUCGUGGGGCUCUUUAUGAUCAUGGGCGGUAAGCAUGCGGCGCUGCACACACAUCUGAACCUUGACAACAGUCUCUUCUUUAAUGUGCUGCUGCCACCGAUCAUCUACGAAGGAGGGUUCUCGCUCAAGUGCGCGGUGUUCUUCAGGAACUUCCCGGCCAUCAUGAGUACAGCCGUGUUGGGCACCGUCAUCGCGACGACGAUUACGGGAGGCGUGCUGUACCUCGCAGGCUCUGCUGGCAUUGUGACCAAGCUGUCGUGGGUCGAAGCUUUCCUGUUCGGUACGCUGAUCAGUGCCGUCGACACGGUGGCAACGCUGAGCUGCUUUGACAAACUCAAUGUGCCGCCGUUACUGUUUAAUCUCGUGUUCGGAGAGAGUGUGAUGAACGACGCCGUCGCGAUUGCGCUAUACCAGACGCUGCAUAAGUGGGAACCGGACAGUAACUUCAGUGCCAAGCAACUGCUUCGUGUGGCGCUAAAUACGGGCGGGAUGUUUGUGGGAUCUUUGAUCGUAAGUACGCUUAUUACGCUAGGCGGAGCUUUUCUCCUCAAGCGCAAGUUCUUCGCGACACUGCGCUACUACCCAAGUUAUGAGAUCUCGCUGUGCUUGAUUUUCAGCUUGCUAACGUACUUCGUUGCGGACAGUUUGAAGCUGAGUGGUAUUGUAGCACUGUUCUUCUCGGGUACCAUGACGGCACACUACCAUUUCAACACGUUGUCAAGGGAGGCGCAACAUGCUUUUACGCACCUACUACACACGUUGGCAUUUGUCUGCGAAAAUAUUGUGUAUGUAUUCAUGGGCACAUCAGUGAUUAUGAUUUUCGCUGGACAUGGUGAGGAGAAUGCUGGUGCUUCACUUCGAGUGGACGAUAUCGAUUGGUCUUUCAUUGGCUUGACGCUUGUGGCCUGCAUUGUUGCUCGCUUCUGCAACAUUUUCCCGCUUCUGAGCCUCUGCAACUGCCUUCGCUCUCCUUCAAACCGAAUUCCGGUUAAGUUCAUGAGUGUCAUCUGGAUGGCAGGUCUUCGUGGCUCCAUGGCCUUCGCUUUGGCUAAAAAUUGGAAUUACAUCGGCCUUCAUGGAGCGUCACACCGCCGACUCAUUGAGUCUACGACUCUUGUGGUGAUCCUCAUCACUACGAUCGUGAUUGGUGGCCUAAUGGGCCCGUUGCUGAUGAACCUGCACCUCACCGGCAAAUAUAAAGACCACAGUCAUCUGGAACAAUCUGACACAGAUAGAAGCUCUGCAACUGCUUCAGAAUCUGAAGAGACUCUGUCUCGGUCAGCUGAACGCAGCACUCGCCACGCUGACGGUGAGGUACGUGGUGCCUUGGCGUUCCCGGAGGAAGAGCAGCCCAAAGAAAAUCGUGAUGGCACAGGAGACGAGGUCCCGAUCCUGACUCCGCGGCCGCAGUUCCACGACGUUACGAGUGAUGAUGAGGACGACCCGAACCUUGCUUCUCCUGCUGCCGAAAGAUCUCGUGGUAAUUCGUUGACAAGUGCGUUUUUCCGCAACUGGCAAGCCUUCGAUACCACCUACAUGCAGCCAGUGUUUGGCAGGUCUUCACAACGACCAGCGGCGUCGACCUCCGUUGACGACCUGAGCGAGAUGCGACUUGCUAAGGCUCAGGCAGAGGCGGCCGUGUGAAUUAAGCAUAUAGCGUCGAUAGGAUUAUCACCGUUGCAUGUUGCAGUCAGGCAGCAAAAAUGAAUAGAUACACUUUAUCAUGUUUCGCGGGGGUAAGCUGCCAUGCGGAUGCCAUGCUGCAAUUACC